GGGGGUUGGUGCCCCCGGGACCGUCCUCGGAGCGGCAGAGGCCUGUCCCUUCGGUGGCCGGCGGCGGCAGCUUCCCGGGGCCGGAGGGGCCCGGGGAUCCCGUCAGCUCCAAGCACAGCAGAGCCGCAGCUGCGAUAACGCCUCUGAGCCGCGAGCGGCCCGGGCUGAAAUCAAUCUUGUAAAUUCGGGGGAGUUUGGGGCUUCAACCCUCACGUGACAGAAUUAAAGUUUCUACUCCACUGACGUGCAAAUACCAGAUACUUUGACGAGCUGUUCCUGCUUGUGGCUUUUGCUUCUCAGGCCCGUGCAGAGAUAAUGUGGGUACAGGCUGGCCUGGCUGCCACCCAGCCCCUUUGGCUGCAUUCACCAGGCAGUCGCUGCGGCGAGUUGCGGAGGAGCUGUAAAUGAUGGCUGUGGCACUAAGAUGUUCCCGUCACCUGCCUGCCCUGCUGUAUUGUUCUUCCUUCGCAGUGAUGCGGGCGCUGCCGCGGGCUCCUGCAGGCUGCCCAGCCCUGCUGCUCGGUGCCUGCGGGCAGUGUGCCCACCAGUUGCUGCUGACCAGACAGCUAGCUACCAAGAAAGCUAAAGGUAAAGGGCAGAGUCAAGCCAGAGUGAAUAUCAGUGCUGCCCUAGUCGAGGAUAUUAUCGAUUUGGAAGAAACCAAAGAAGACAUGCAAGCAGUGGUGGAAGCUCUGAAAGAAGAUUUCAGCAGGAAUCUCAGUGUUAGAACCUCACCAGGGGCCCUUGAUCACAUAAUGGUGAUGACAAAAGAUGGGAAAUUUCCGCUAAACCAGCUGGGGCAGAUCUCGCAGAAGUCACCUCAGCUCAUUAUAGUGAACAUGACCGAUUUUCCAGAGAGCACAGCUGCAGCUACGAAGGCUAUAAGGGAGAGCGGCAUGAACCUGAACCCAGAAGUGGAUGGGACAAUAAUUCGGGUGCCAGUUCCUAAGGUAACGAGAGAGCACAGGGAGAACCUGGCCAAGCUCGCCAAGCAGUCCACCAACAAGUCCAAAGAGGCCCUGAGAAAGGUGCGAAACAAAAACAUCAACCAGAUAAAGAAGUUCAAGAACCAAGUGUCUGAAGAUACCAUCUGGAUGCUAGAAAAGCAGAUCCAGCAAAUGACUGACAGCACUACAGCGGAGAUGGACAAGCUGCUGGCAGCCAAGACCAAGGAGCUGCUUGGAUAAGCGCCGUCCCGAUGGACACACUCCCUCCCCAAGUAAGAGCAGGCAGCCAGGCACGCCGGCAGCACCCCUGCCUGCAGUCACAGCCUCUGGGGGGGCUCUGCCAGACCUCCGGAGCAGCUCUGUGCUUUGGCUGCUCCCAUUCCCCUCCUUGGAUUGUACUGGAGGGAGCGGGGAAACUCCUCACUGUUCUUCAUCCAGGUGGCAACAGAACCGGGUGAACUAAGAUUAAAAAAAUAAAAUGGCAGGAGGGAGGACUGGAGGCUGCUGGAAGGGCUCCCACACGGAAGCUGAGGCGCAGGAGGACCGGCCCGUUUGCGCCCCAGCACCUCGCAGAGGCGAGGACCACGCGCAAGGGGAACCUGCGCUGUCCUGCUCUGAACCUCGACAGUUCUUUUUUCUUAAAAUAAAGUGAGAAUGAGAUGUGGAGGAGCAGCCUCGGAUCAGCCAGUUCCUGCUCGCUGUGUCCCCCUGGGUUUACCUGUCCCAAAAGAAGCAGAGCUGCCGGCAGCCCAGCGGGCCCGAGGGAGCUCAACACCGAUGGGUGCAGGGUGGGCGGGGAGCUGGGCUUUGUGGUUCCCAAGGCUUUGUGGAUGGAGAACAGAAACCAGCGCUGUCAGCGUGGCUGUUUUAGCCAGGACCAAGACCAAAAGCCAACACAGGAACUUUCCAAAACCAGCAUCUGCCCUCUCUGACCAGUUCCAAAACACCCACGCGAGCCACUAGUACCAUAUUUUAGGGGGUGGAGGAGGUAGAAGCAGAACAGGGUCCUGAGGACACCGUGCAGCUCAACUCCUCACCACCAGCAGGUACUUCCCGACAGCAGCAAGCGGCCUCCCCGCAGCCCCGGGGAUGGCGAGAGGAGGGAAGGUGGCGGCCAGCCCCGCAGCCCCGCUCCCAAGGCACUGGGGUUCAAAGAGCACAGAGUGCUCUGCAGUCCUUAAAUAAACAACUCCCAAAAAGUUAGUUUGUAUGCAGUGGGGAGGGGAAGGAGGAUGAAGGAUUUGUUCUGCUAGGGCCCCACAUGUCAACAAUUUCUCUGCUUUGUGUAUUUUGGCCAAAGCACUUACCAUGAUAAAUGAAUAAAGGAAAAUGGCGAGCCCAGGGCAGUUACAUGGCUCGGUAAAUUGCU